AUGUGGAUUCGGAAGCAUCUUUACUUCGAUGGUUUCGGUAAAAAUUAUUUGAAUUGGAUUUGGCAUGGCGAGGCUGUGGGGAAGGAUAGAUUAAAUUCGAGUGUCAACCAAGAGCCAACUGAUAAUUGUCAUGAUGAUUUUGAAACUGUUAAUUUGUGUGAGGCAGCGUAUGAUAACCAUACAGAAAAUCCAGAAGCAUUUAUGAAGUUUUUGGAGGAAGUAGAGAAGCCACUGUAUAAGGGAUGCAAACGUUACACAAAGUUGAGUGCACUUGUAAACCUAUACAAAUCCAAAGCAAGGCAUGGGAUGAGUGAUGCUCUAUUUUCAUAUGUACUAGCAGAUUUUGGGGACAUGCUGCCAGAUAACCACAAUCUGUCAUCGUCAAUUUAUGAAGCAAAGAAGACGUUGAGUUGUUUGGCUUUGAGUCAUGAAAAGAUUCAUGCUUGUUCCAAUGAUUGCAUCCUUUAUAGGAAACAAUAUAAAGACUGCGUAAGCUGCCCGAAAUGUGGCUUAUCAAGAUGGAAGCUAACUAAGAAAAAUGUUGAGAAGAAAGGUGUUCCUGCCAAAGUGGUUUGGUAUUUCCCUCCCAUACCAAGAUUUAAGCGCAUGUUUAAAUCUUUAGAAACUUCCAGAAAUUUAACAUGGCAUGCAGAUAGCACAAGAGUUGUUGGUCAGUUACGCCAUCCAGUUGAUUCACCGUCAUGGAAAUUAGUGGAUCAUAUAUGGCCCGACUUUGGAAGUGAGGCAAGAAAUAUUCGCCUGGCACUUGCAGGCGAUGGAAUUAAUCCACACAACAAUCUUAGUAGUCGCUACAGCUGCUGGCCAAUCAUGCUGGCCACAUAUAAUUUGCCUCCAGACAUGUGCAUGAAAAGGAAAUUCAUCAUGCUAACGAUGCUCAUUUCAGGGCCGAAACAGCCUGGAAACGAUAUCGACGUCUACCUUGAGGUUCUGGUUGAUGAUUUGCAGCUGUUGUGGGAAGGAGUUGAUGGAGUUUAUGAUGCUUAUCGAAGGGAGGUUUUCACUCUUAAAGCAGUUCUUUUAUGGACCAUCAACGACUUUCCUGCAUAUGGUAACCUUAGUGGAUGUACUACACAUGGUUAUUACGCAUGCCCAAUAUGUGGUGAGGAUACUUAUGCAAAGCACUUACAAAAUGGGAAGAAAAUGUCAUUUGCUGGGCAUAGACGAUUCCUACCACGAUUUCAUCCAUAUCGGAGGCAAAUAAAGGAGUUUAAUGGCAUGGAGGAACUUGGUGAAGCAGGUAGGCCAUUAUCUGGAAUUAAGUUGUUUGACAAGCUUUCAGACAUAACAUGUGAGUUUGGAAAGAAAACAAGUGUGAAGGGGAAAAUAAGGAAAAAAGCAAAGGAGAAUAUUGUGGAAGACAUUGAAGAAGAAAAGUAUGUUGGAGCUACAAAUUUAAGUAAAUGUUGGAAGAAGAAGUCAAUUUUUUUCAAUCUUCCAUACUGGAAAUACCUACAUGUUAGGCAUUGUCUCAAUGUUAUGCACAUUGAGAAAAACGUUUUUGAGUCUCUGAUUAAUACUUUGAUGAACAUCAAGGGAAAAACCAAGGACAAUGUGGCAGCUAGGUUGGACAUGGUUCAGAUGGGAAUUAGGCCUCAAUUGGCUCCUAAAAUUGGUGAGAAAAGAACAUAUCUACCUCCUGCAGCAUGCUCAUUCACAAAAAAUGAGAGGUUACAAGUAUGUAGGUCAUUAAUGGAUAUAAAAGUUGUGGAAGGUUUCUCAUCAAACAUGAAGAAUCUUGUCUGCAUGGAUGAGAUGAAGCUGAGUAGCUUGAAAUCACAUGAUUCUCAUGUUAUAAUGCAGCACUUCCUGCCAAUAGUCAUACGUAAUUCUCUGCCAAAAUAUGUUAGAUAUGCUGUCAUAAGAUUAUGCUUCUUCUUCAAAGAUAUUUGUUGCAAGAUUAUUGAUGUAGCCAAGUUAGAUAAGCUACAAUCUGACUUGAUCGUUAGACUCUGCUUAUUGGAGCAGUAUUUCCCCCCUUCUUUCUUCGAUAUCAUGCUCCACUUAACAGUUCAUCUUGUUCGUGAAGUCCAAUUAUGUGGACCAGUCGACUUCAGAUGGAUGUACCCAUUUGAAAGAUGCAUGAAGGUGUUGAAAAGUUACGUAGGCAGUCGAAAAUAUCCGGAAGGUUGCAUUGUUCGGAGAUAUGCAGCAGAAGAAGCAGUUGAAUGUUGUUCAGAAUAUCUCAAUGACCUUGAUCCUGUUGGGGUCCCUAAAUCACUACGUGAUCCAAACACAAGCAUUCCUGGAUUCUCAUUAAGCAAUUCAUCAAUCAUCGUCCAACAAAUUGAUCUCCAACAAGCACACUUGACUGUUCUAGAAAAUACAGAAGAAAUAUCUCCAUACAUUAUGUAA